AUCCAACAGCCCACGCCCACCGAUCGCAAGCUCGGUCGACACCCGCAGCCACCAAGACUACACACCUGACCGCGUCGCAGGAAGUCCUAGACAUAUCGCGAUCUUCCGAGUCUCCCCAGAAAUAUAAUCGCCUGCACCGAAACCUCAACCACCUCCACCGCCCAAGAUGCCGAAAGCAAAGCAAAAGCGCACAAAGGCCGUCGACAACAAUGCCUCUCCCUAUGCCCGCCCAACUUCCGCAAAAGCCUCAGCUGCGCACUCAAUCUUCAAGAUGGACAAAGAUCUUGGUCAACAUAUCCUCAAGAACCCUGGUGUCGCAACCGCCAUCGUCCAGAAAGCACACUUGAAGCAAAGCGACCAUGUCCUCGAGGUCGGUCCCGGAACAGGCAACCUGACAGUCCUCAUCCUCAAAGCCGCCAAACAAGUAACAGCCGUGGAAAUGGACCCCCGAAUGGCCGCCGAGCUCACCAAGCGUGUACAAGGCAGUCCCGAGGAAAAGCGUCUCACAAUCCGCUUGGGCGAUGUAAUAAAAGCCGAGCUACCACGUUUUGACGUCUGCAUAAGCAAUACGCCCUAUCAAAUCUCUUCGCCCUUGGUUUUCAAGCUCCUAGCUCUGCAGCAUCCACCCCGCUGCUGCAUACUCAUGUUCCAGCGCGAAUUCGCCAUGCGCCUCUUCGCGCGGCCCGGCGAAAAGCUCUACUCUAGACUCUCCGUAAACGUCCAGAUGUGGAGCAAAGUCAGCCACGUAAUGAAAGUCGGACGCAACAACUUCAACCCCCCGCCACAGGUAGAGAGCAACGUCGUGCGCAUCGAGCCCAAGAACCCACGACCACAGAUUGCAUACGAAGAGUGGGACGGUCUGCUACGCAUCUGCUUCGUGCGCAAGAACAGGACGCUGAGGGCGAGUUUCCUGGGUACGGCUGCGGUUUUGGAGUUGCUGAGCAGUAACUAUCGUCUCUGGUGUGCUCAGAACGAUAUCGAGAUUGAUGAUACGCCUAUGGAUCCUUCCGAGGUCACCGAGGAUAACGAGGAGACGAUGGACGUCGACGAUGAGUUCAAGGGAUUCUCUGACCCAGAUGACCCGGAUGAUGAACUCCCAGACUUCUUCAAGCAGCUCCAGGCGGAGAGCAAGAAGAGGCAAAAUGGUGUGAAUAGGAAGAAGAAGGGGAGGUUGAGUGAGUUGGUCAGGGAGAAGGUGAGGAAGGUGCUCGAGGAUGAGACGCAAUUGGCGGAUAAGCGUGCGAGGUUGUGUGAUGAGGGCGACUUUUUGAAGCUGUUGUAUGCGUUCAAUCAGGAAGGCAUCCAUUUUAGCUAGAAAGCUGGACGAUGGGAAGUAUGAAAAGGUUGGGUGGUGCAUUUUAUGGCGUUUCUUAUUGCAUGGUGGGCGUUGGGGUAUACCAAAAAGCGUGGCAUAAGUAGCUAAAGGCGUUCUCAUAUACGACAGUUUAUACAAGGAUAGAUGGCGAAGGAUACGUACUC